AAUGCAAUUCUCAUAAGCAGCGCGGGUCGAAUCAAGAUGGCUUGAACAAAGGUUUCUAUCUCUGAUGAAGUUGAUCGGUUUUCAGAACUUUUAGAAAGUGGAUCAAGUUUUUGCUUGUCUCAAACCCUUAAAAUUGAAAGGAGUGCUGAGAUGGCUUCAAAAAAUGAAGGAGAGUUGAGUACAGCUGGUGACAAGUCUGACAGUAAGUCUGCACCACCAAAAAAGGCAUUCAUGAAAGCAUCAGAAUUGAAAGAUCUAAGCAAAGAUGAAAUCACCUCUAGGUACACAGAGCUUGAAAAAUACAUAUCAAGUCUUGAUGAAAAAUCAGGCCAAGUAAAUCCAGAACUUGAGGAGAAACUAAAGCUACAACAGCAGGAGUCAACUAGGAGAGAAAAUGUUCUAGUGAUGCGAUUAGCAACAAAGGAGCAAGAAAUGCAAGAACUGCUGACACAAAUUCAUGAAUUGAAGCAGUCACAGACACCUGCAACAAGCCAGCUGAAGUCAACACUUUUAGAUCCAUCAGUGAACUUGUUAUUUGAAAAAAUGAAAACUGAACUUGGAGAAACAAAAGACAAAUUAGAACAAGCACAGAAUGACUUAAGCGCGUGGAAAUUCACACCCGAUAGUGUGACAGGAAAGAAGCUAAUGGCAAAAUGCAGAAUGUUGAUUGCUGAAAACCAAGAUCUUGGGAAGCAGUUAUCACAAGGCAGAAUAGCACAGCUAGAAGCAGAACUUGCACUGCAAAAGAAGUAUAAUGAGGAACUGAAGUGCAGUCAAGAUGAACUGAAUGACUUUGUCUUGCAACUUGACGAAGAAGUUGAGGGUAUGGAAUCAACCAUUUGUGCCCUACAACAGCAGCUAAAAGAGACAAAAGAAAAAUAUCAGCUGACAACAGCUGAAAAUAAUAAACAGAGGACAACAUCUCAGGGAAAUGGUACAAAAACUGGGGUAGACUUAAAAAGAACCUUUGAUCAGAGCAGUGGUACUGUUGAGGAUAUGGACGCAAAGCGUGCUAGAAAUGUUUUUGAUGUUAUUGAUAACCCAGCCUUUGGAGAAGAGUCAGAUGAUUUAAAUGAACGGACAAAGCUUUCUGCUGGGGAAGAUCCAAAACUUAUGGGAAAGAGUCCCAUCAAAACUAGCAUUAAGAACCCAUUCUCUAUCUCUAACCUUCUUUCCCCUGAGGUCAAUAUAUCUGGUGACAAGGGCCAUUGGCAGGUAACUGAUGAUAUUGGAACAGCGGGAAUGAAAAGGACGCCAGGGGGUUUAAAGAAAGAGGGCACUAAUGGGGAAACAUAUGAAUCGGAUAGUUAAUAUGUGAUUGUAGAUAGUUUUUACAAACAGUAGAUCAGAAAAGCUACAAGUAAUGUAUUAUUACUAAACAGCGAAGUGUAGCUUUUUUCUUGUAUGUACAUUCUUAAAAAUAAUUUCUUUCAAAACACAUCUAUUGUGCCAAAAAUUUUCAAAUGCAUUCUUAAGCUGUGACUGUUGUGAUUGGUUUCUGUUAGGAAAGACUGAGUUAAGCAAGAAAAUUUUUGAAAUGCUAAGUUUGUCAGAGUUAAAAAACCUUUCAUACCUUAUUUCAUAAAUGUAUUGGCACUUUUACUUGUCUAUUUCUUUCUAUUGUGCAAUUCAAUCGAAGUUUUCUGAAACAGUCUAUAAAUGCUUUGAUCUGUUCCUGUCUCAAAAAAGACAAGCAGCAGCACAAAAUUGUUCACUUUAGCCAAUCAUUUAUUCAUGCUUUAAUUUUAUGUUUGUCAAUUGAUGCCUCGUUUACAACUUAAUGUGAGGAUAUUUGUUUUAUGAUACUUGGCAUUUUGGUAGCAUUUUUUUAAAUUAAGCAAAAGUAGACUUCUUUGAACUUUUCAACAUUAUCUUCAUCAAAACAAUGGACAGCCCUUGAAAAUGUUUUAUUUUCUUUUGGUAUGCUCUGCAAAUUUGGAUGUAAAACUCUAUGUUUGAUGUAAAUUAAAGAAUUGCCUCUGGAGAAAAUUUAAGGUAGCUCUUAGAAAGUGAUAUAAAGCAUUAUUGCAUAUAGUUUCUCAGUGAUACACAUGCUUUUCAAAAUUAUAAUGACAUGUAGGAUUAUUCAAUUGUUUAUUCAGGCAAAUGGUUUUUGGGACAGUUGUUUAUGUUCUUUUAAGCUUAGAAACCAGUAGAUAAGUAAUUGUUUAUUGUUUCUCUAUUUGGUUAUUGUUCAUUGUUUAUUUCAUUGUUUAUUUGUAUAUUUAAGAUGCAACUUUACUUAUAUGUUGUAUUUCAAAAUCAAUUUCAAUGCUGUAAACUAAAAAAAAAGUUUUAAAUAUUAAUACAUAGAGAUUGAUGCAAAGCUCCAAUUUCUUCAUCUACAAAGUAUUUCAAAUUCAGCAUAUUAGUAAUUGUUUGCAGACACCUUUUUACAAGCUCUAAGAAACAGAUGAAUUGACAUUUGAGCCACUUGGGAACAGCAGUGUAUUCAGCUAAAAAAAUUUCUAAUUUUGUCACCUGCUGAAUUUUUAAAAUCAAUAGAUGCUUCGUGCUACAUAUCAAGUAUUGUCUGCAGGUCUUUGUGAUGCUAUUGUUUAUCAGCCAACUUAAGACAGUCUUUAUAUAAUAUUCAAACAUAAACAGGUUUACUCCAGAGUAUUAGAUAACAGCUUAUCAGUAUUAGAUAAGUGUGUUUUCUGAGAAAUUUAUACUAAAAAUGUAAAACUAUUAUUUUAAUGAAAAAUAAUUUACAAACAUGUGACCCAGAUUUAUAUUGCAUCUAAAUCAGAGGCUUCAACUUCAGCAGUCCAGUCCAGACAAUAACACGUUACUAGAUUUGUCCAGUCCAGUCCAGAUGUUACUAAAGUUGUGGUCAAUUUAUAAAGAAAAAAGCAGUAGAUGACAAAAGACAGUUUAAUUCAAUGUGAAUAAAUACUUCAAUCUAGUGAUCCACAGACCCUAACAAUUAAAGAUAUGCAAACAAACUUUUUGUGGUAACAAAUUUUAAAAUCGCGUUGAAAAAAGCAAACAUUUUUUAGUGUAUUCUGAAGAGUUUCAGAGUCUGACACUCUUCAGAGUAUAAAAUGUCAGAGCAUAGAUCAAAACACAACGAUAGGAAAUAUAUAUACCCAGUUGUGGAUUGAAAAAGGCUGUUAUUGGAUUAAUGGUAAUGCCAGAUCAGUAAAGCCAGAUUCUGACUAUUGGUAAAGCCAUAUCAUUCCAUCUAGCCGUUUGAGAUCUAUCUACAAAAGCAUGAAAAAACGCUAUUGGGUAGACAGAAGAAAUUCGUUUUCACCUUAGGUAAAGGGCACUUAUUGGGCAACCUAAACAGUCAAUGUGAUUGCGUUUCUGAUUGGCCUAUUUCAAUCCACAACCGGGUAUAGCUAUUACCUAUAGUAGUGUUUUGAUCUAUGUUCUGACGUUUUAUACUCUGAAGUGUCACAUGAAAAGCUUAAGCAUACACAAAUGCUUGCUUUUUUCAAAGCCAUGAUUAAAGAUAUAUGAUAACAUAUUAUGAUAUCAAUGUAAUGUUUUUACAGGUAUUAUACAUUUGGUGGAGAUGUAAAUGCUCUACUACCUGGAAAUAAACUUAAAUCUGCUGAACUUUAUAAGCAUCUCAUAAUUUUUUUUCAUUUAACUACUUAUAUGGUUAUUUAAAUCAUAGUAUAUUAUCAUAAAACCUGCUUAUUCUAACUUAAUCAAAACUUGAACCAAAAUCUCUUGGAACAUGUAUGAUAAUUUCAUCAACAGGAUAAUAUUUAUAAAGGAUCUUGUACAAGCUUCUUAUGAUGGAAUGAUACAUUUGGGAAUGAAAAGGGAUGGUGAAGUUAAAUAAAGAACAAUGAACAAAGAGCAUUUUCAUAUAAAUAAAAUGAACAAUACCUUUCAUGACCUAAUAAACUGCAAUGAUGAAUUUGUAGGACUCAAACUACCUUUAUCAAAAACUUAAUCUUUAACAAUAAAGCAACACAAAAUUGAAAAAAGAAGAUAAGAGAUGUUAUAUGAUAAAACAUAUACAAAUCCUUGAAACUACAAGCAACACAUUAAACAAAAUAUUUAAUAAACUUUUUUGAUGGCUUUAAAGAAUGAGAAGAUAAAUUGUAUAUUUAUAAGAAUUAUUUUACACUUUUUCAGCACCUGCCAGGUAUUUAUUGACAUGAUGAUUUCAUCCAACACCCUCAAAUCAAUGUUAUAAAAGAAAGGAAAUCAAGCCCUG